UUUGUCCUUUCACAAUUCGCUCCGGGCGGCCGGGAAGGUGCCGGAGUCUCAACGAAUUAAAAUAAAAGGGAAUCUGUUAGCGGGGGUUUCACGCGCUCUGUGAGUGCGGGUUUUGUUUAAACUUGGUGAGUGACGGCUACAAAGUACCUGUCAGCACGCUUUGGCAACCUCUUCAAAAUGCCAGCUGCAGAAGAAGACCACAGUCAGAUAAUCCGUGAGGUAUGGGCAAAUAACCUAGAAGAAGAGAUGAGGAAAAUUCGCCUGAUUAUUCAGAAAUACAACUAUAUAGCAAUGGAUACAGAGUUUCCUGGUGUUGUGGUAAGACCAAUUGGGGAAUUCCGUAGCACUGUAGAUUACCAAUACCAGCUUCUGCGAUGUAAUGUGGACUUGCUGAAAAUCAUUCAGCUAGGAUUGACGUUCAUGAAUGAGAAAAACCAGUAUCCUCCUGGAACCUCUACUUGGCAAUUCAACUUUAAAUUCAACCUUACGGAGGACAUGUAUUCACAAGACUCGAUAGAUCUGUUGAGAACUUCCGGGCUCCAGUUCAAAAAACAUGAAGAAGAAGGAAUUGAAACUUCCUAUUUUGCAGAGCUGCUCAUGACAUCUGGCGUGGUGCUGUGUGAUAAUGUUAAAUGGCUUUCAUUUCACAGUGGUUAUGACUUUGGCUACUUGAUCAAACUUCUAACCCACUCACGACUACCAGAAGAAGAGCAAGAGUUCUUUGAUAUCCUGCAUUUGUUCUUCCCUGCUAUCUAUGAUGUGAAGUAUCUGAUGAAAAGCUGUAAAAACCUUAAGGGUGGCCUACAAGAAGUUGCUGAACAGCUUGAGCUGGAGCGAAUUGGACGACAGCAUCAAGCAGGCUCAGAUUCACUACUGACAGGCAUGGCUUUCUUCAGAAUGAGGGAGUUAUUUUUUGAAGACAACAUUGAUGACACAAAGUACUGUGGACAUUUGUAUGGUCUUGGAUCAGGUUUAACUAACAACCACAAUGGGACAGCUGGGACAUCUGAAGAAGAAACCAACAGCAAACAGCACUGACCACAGCUGAGAUAUUUUAUCAAACUUUGAUGUUUUUAAACAGACAUUUUACUACAAAAUGAGUGUUAUUCUCCUGGCACAAAUUUUGGAGAUAUUUGGCAAUACCCAGAGGUAUUAAACAUGGCUGCUUUUUUAAAGGAAAACACAUUUUUGCCAUUUGACAUUUGUAAAUGCUGUGCUGUUGCUCUUUGUUUUCUAGAUCAGUAGAUGACAAGGGAGGGAAACCAGACUAUAGGUUAAUCUGCAGUGGUCAAAUAAGGAUCCUUCAGAUUGUACUCUGAAAUAUGUUUAUGUUCUCUUCUUUUACCCCAUCUUUUUUUCCUAUUUUUCUCCCUUUAAGUUCCUUUUUCUCUUUUGUUUCCUCUUUGUUUUUCUUGAUCAGGUGACGUUAGCAGUGAAAAUUACACAUCACAACGUUUUGGUAGUUUUGUGGAAUAAUGGGCCAUAGCACCAUGGACUUGUGCAUUAUGAUAACUUUUGGCUUAUUUUUAUGAGAAGUAUUUACAUAUGCUUAAAAAAAACAUUUUCUUACAAAGGACUGCUGUAGGUGUAAAAUGAUUUCAGUACUAGCUAUUCUAAGUUAAUGUUUAUUGUGCGGUACAGUGUUCACAAAAUAUUUUAAUGGCAUGUAGGGUGGAAUUUCCAUUAUUUGAAUGGAAAGAAAAGAUCUAGAUCCAGUAACACUGAGUAAGCCCCAAACCUUUACUAUCCUGUUCAAUUGACUUAAACAGCUAAAAGCAGGAAUUUCAGCCGGGGGGAUUGAACUUAUUUUACAGUAGUACUGUCCUGUUAUUUUUCAACAUAAUUGAGUUCAUUUAAAACGAGUUAUUCUUGUUUACACUUUUAUCAAAUACUUGUUAUUAAAGUUAUAACUAAUACUGUUUAUAGGAAGAAAAUAGAAUUAAGAUUUUUUUUACUUCAAUUUUUUUAAACAAAAUUGUUAAUUGUAGCUGUUGAUCUGAUUUUCAUCAUCUGAGUAUCCCUUUGUUAAAAGUAAAUCUAAUUUUGCAAUAGUGCUUUACCAUACAUAGUGUAUGUACCAUAGACCUGAAAUGUGAUAUUUAAUGGCAGGUAGAUUCCCCAUCUUCCAUUGUGAACUGAAUUGGAUGCUUUUUGUUGUGAUAUGAUUAAUGACUGCAUUACUGUUACCACAAGAAUCAUAAAUUGAUCCAAGUCCCAUUGGUUAAAUAUUAUAGUUUUGCUUUAAAAUGAUUUGAGUGGAAAAUGCCACUUGUAUAUUUAUUUAAACAAGACCUUCAUACAGUUACUUUCACUUUUAAGUCAAGAAUACGCUCAAGCCUUUUCACAUUGCUUUGAAAGGGGUCUUUGUUGAUGGAAGUAUUUUUAUCUGUAAAAUGUUUAAUUUACUUCAUACAUUGCUUAAUUAGCUCUAACUAGCAAAAAUGGGUCUUGAUUUAAAUAGCUGGGUCAAGACCCAGCUAUUGAUAUUUCAUGACAGAUGAGGAUCUUUUGGUUUUAAGCACUUCUCUCUACAGAAAUCUGCUUUUAAGAAUUAACUCAUUGUAUUUAUUUUAAUACUUUAGUAAUGAGGCAGGCUAUCCAAACUUUUAAACAAAAACCUGAACCAAUGUAAUUUAAAUAUGUUUGUAAAUUAAAAGUUUGUUUCAUACAA